AUGGAAUUUGUAUAUUCCCUUCCUGUAGUAUCUCCGCGGGAUGCCUUAGCCUUUAUCUAUGAAUCUGGAAAGUCGUCUUCUCCACGGAGUCCUAAGAAUACUAGCAGGGAUAAUUUACCCAAGAGUGAGGUGGAUCAGCCGCGCGCGGCACCCAUUUCCUCCAAUGACCAUGAGACAUCCACGACGCAGACACCACCAGUCGCGUCACCCUCGUUUCCGUAUUUAGAAAUGCUCCUGACUACGGAAAACGAUCACAGGUGUGAGGCCGCCUCUUAUUCGUCGAGUCUUAUAACCAAUGAGUCCGAACCCGAUGAGCUUCCCAUGGAGGUUCGUGCAGCUCACUUCCAUACGGCGUUUGAGCUAGUAGAGGGGGUCAUCGAGCAGGUGAUCUGCGAUCGAAACACACCAGUUCAGCGUUACAGGGAUGCACUACGCCAGUACAUUUUAGGAAGCACCAUGCCAACCGCAUUGGUAAACAAGGCUCUGGAUCUGUCGUCUUCGACGAGUACCGAUGCCCCGGACCCCCCUCUACAGCUACAUUCACCUAAAUAUUAUUAUGGUUCCUUGACGGCAUAUACGUACUCCGGUGAGGAAACUGACAAUAAGAAAAGACAGGUACUGCUCCACCGGUACGAGAAGCAUUGUGAGAAUCUCGGGGUUGUUCCUGUUUCUAGUGUGAUGGCGCGCAUGGCUCCAGAAAUCGAUAACCGCACCUUUACCAGCCUCGCAUUUGAUUACCACCAGUCUUUUACGUUGCCGCCGACACUCAACUCUUCCAACACCCAUAUCUGCCGAUCCACCGCGGAGCUUCAGCCUAGCUCCAGUAUUGUUUCGCUGAUGCUCCCCUCCCCGAGUAUACCGUUCAGCACGAAGGAGCUUUCCACUCCAGAUACCUUGAAAAGGAAUAUUUUAAUAUCCGCCGCGUCGCCAGCAGCGCUUCCACAGGGCGAUGAGUGUAUCAAGUCGUUUAAAAACACUGAUUCUCAAUACUUAACAUCAACCAAUAUGGCCUCUAGAGAGAUGAUUCCGCCUUCUAAUGAGAUUAGGGACCCAAGCGGUGUUUCGGAUAAUCUGGGAACGACAAAUGACAACGCCACUUCUUCCUGGAGCCACGGCGGCGGGGCAGGCUCUCCCAAGAACGGCACUGCGCCUUGGAUGUGCUCUCACACAGCCUCGCACGUUGAACCUGCAGAGGAGCACUGCGAGCUCGAUUUCACGAGUUGUGAGGGUAUCGGGCGUGUGGAGGAUAUGGUUCCGCUUUUUCGGGCGCUAGAGGGGUAUCCCGAGGUGACAUUGCUCAGUCUAGCGGGCACUGGCCUCGACGACGCGGGGGUGCGCGUUUUAGCGCUCUUGUGUGAGGCCUUUCUCUCUAGCCUGCGCUCUCUCGACCUCCGAAAUAAUCCCCUGAUCACCGAUAUCAGCGGACCCUUUCUUCGGAGCUUGUUGCAGCGUCGACGCACUCUGCAUUGCGUGCAAACGAGCGGAUCGGGAAUGUCCAGUCCGUGGAUAAGGACAAUCGAUAUUCUAUCACGUCGAAAUGCAGCGUAG